AACAGUGGUAAGUGAAAAGAGUCAUUCAGACCUGUGGGACAACAAUGGCUGUCUAGGAGAGACUGUCUAGUUGCACUGCCUGAGGAAGCUGCUGUGCAGAGAGCUGUUAUAGCAGGUGAUCGCCCUUAUUUGGUAAUGGCCCAGAUCAUGUGACCACAAAAUGGUGGAAGCUGUGAGCUGUUUGUAAGCUGAGCAUCUCCACCGAGAGACUGGGAGAAAAAGGAAUUAGGCAGGGAACUUGGAAGAACAUCCAUGCUCUGAGACGCAGAAGGACAGAGAUUCCCGAGCCCCAGCAGUGGUCCUCCUGCGGAUGGACCUGGCAUCAGAGAGUAAAAUGAACUCUGAGGGGGGCGAAGGCAGACCAGUCCCUCCUACCUCUCUUCCACUGCAAGGAGGUGCCACCCAGAGAAAAAAGCUAUCCGCCCCUCGAAUCAGCCUGUCACUGGACCAGAGUGAGGAUGACUUGGGGGAGACGCCAGAUGAUCUCGACAUUAACGUUGACGACCUCGACACUCCCGAUGAGGGGGAUUACCUCGACUACACGGACCAUGAAAUGGACUGGGAAGACCCCAAUCCAGCCAAUCGGAGCGGGUCAAGUGAGCCUUACAAUUCAAUCCCAACGUACAGCGCUGAGGAGGAGCGUCAGGACGGCAAACUAUGGAGGGCGGUGAUCAUUGGGGAGCAGGAGCACCGCAUCAACAUGAAGAUCAUUGAGCCCUACAUGAGGGUCAUCUCCCACGGAGGCUACUAUAGCAAUGGAGUGAACGCCAUCAUAGUGUUUGCUGCCUGUUUCCUGCCAGACAGCGACAGAGAGGACUACCACGAGAUAAUGGAAAACCUCUUCCUCUACGUGAUCAGCACACUGGAGCUGAUGGUGGCGGAGGACUACAUGAUUGUGUACCUGAACGGAGCCACACCCCACAGAAGAAUGCCUGGCCUCGGCUGGCUGAAGAAAUGCUAUCAGAUGAUUGAUAGAAGGCUCAGGAAGAAUUUGAAAUCCUUCAUUAUUCUCCAUCCAUCGUGGUUUAUCAGGACCGUUCUAGCUAUCACCAAGCCCUUCAUCAGCACCAAGUUCAGCAGUAAGAUUAAGUACGUGAACAGUUUGGAUGAACUGCAGGAACUCAUCCCCAUGGAAAGCAUCCAGAUCCCAGAGUGCAUCAUUAGACUUGACAAGGAACUGAAGGAAGCAGCAGAGAACUCAAAAAUGAAUAGUUUUCUGCUGGGAGUGGAGCCAGCAGCAGCAGGCAGAACAGACAGACCAGACGCAGCCGGUGCCAGCAGCUCUUAAACCCAAACAUCCUAAACGGAUGGCUCGUCUCAAUGUUCUCAAGUCACUGUCGUAUUGUACGGGUGAAGCUGGAAAACAAAGUCAAGGCUUGUAAAGCUAAGUGUGUGUGUGUGUGUGUAUGUGUGCGUGUGUGUGUGUGUGUCAGUGUCAGUGUUUGUCAAUUAGACACCGAAGUUAAGAGAGACAGUUCACCCCAAAAAUGAAAGAUACAUAUUGUUCCUCUUACCUGUAGUGCUAUUUAUCAGUCUAGCCUGUUUUGGUGAGAGUGUUGGAGAUAUCAGCCGUAGAGAUGUCUUCUGCCUUCUCUUGAAUUAUUGGCUAUAGAUGGCACUUUGCUCACAACAUGUUCAGUGGAUUAUGACAAGCAGUUAAUUUUCUUUCUACCACCCAUUCCAACCGUAUCGCUGCACGAAAAGAAGCGAGCAUCUCCUUAUGUACUUUGCCAAGUAACCUUAAAGCUCAGCUGAAGAGGACACCAUUCUUGUUUACAUCGAGUCUUUUGCCCAUGAACUUGCCUCUGUGUGGUGAUGCGGUCGGUCGAUGAAGUAGGUAGAAAGUAGAGCCCAACAGAUAUACAAGUUGACAGAUAUUAUCGGCCCAUACCAGCAUCGGUGGUGCUGUCCUAUAUGUGCUGUUAUGAAAAACUUUUUUUUUACGCAAUAGAUCAGAAAUGGUGCUUGGCUUGAUAUAGAAUUGGUGUUAACUAUUUUUUAAAUAGUCAGUAAUUGACUCAAACAGAACAGUAAUUAUUUUUAUUUAGCUAUUUAUUUUAUUUCCAUUUAUUAGACUACUUUUUUCCCCUUAUUUGAAAAGGGGGAAAAAAGCGAAUAAAAGCUCUUUAUUUUUAUUUUCUCAGUCAUCAUUUUCAGAAUUGGCUGACAAUUUAAUGCAUUGGUUAAUGUACGACAAUCUUUAAUAUUAUUAAGUAAGGUUUUAUGUUUGAGAGAGUAGCUCUAUUUACAUUUCAUUCCAGCUCAAAAAAUUACAAUAAUGGCCACCAUACAGGCGGCAAUCUCCGUGUCUGAGCAUGGAGGCCAACCAGGAAGUGCCUUAAGCCUGCAAUCCACCGAAAAUUCCAGCAGGGGGUGCCAAGUUUUGCUGCAAAAAAAAUCUGCCCUCUCAUUUCAGUGCAAAAUUUGAAAACUUCUCACUUGAUUUAUUACCUCAGACAAUUUUUUCAGGAUAACACUAUGGUCUCAAUCGCUAGUAAAAAAUCAUCUUCAAGAAAAUUUGAUGUCAAUAGUUCUAAUAAUGGCCCCAUUUAGAAGAAAAUAGAAGAUAAAGAAUCGUAUGAUUUGAUUGACAGGUCACUGAAAAGGAGAGCCGUCAUCAGGAGAGAAGCAGAGCAAUGCGUAUCCACGGCAACAUGUUAAUAAAGUUAUAUAUAACAUUAUAUAGAUAGAAAAGAGGACGUUUACCGAUUUGGUCUCAUAACUUUGACCCUUUCACACUGUAUUUUCACUUAAUGACAGUUUAUUUAAACGUUUUAUUCAGUAAAAAUGUCUUUUUCAGCGUUUGGUUGGACUAACAGACACUCCAAGGAGUUGCUGCUCAGUUUUCUUUGGUAAGUAACAUACAUUUUGUUUUUGUUUUUUGCUAGCCAAAACUAACAUCCCACUUAAUGCUCCAAUUAAUGCUAACAUGAAUUAGCAGCGGCUUUGCUCAGUCAGGUUGAGGUCUAGAGAGGCGUGUAGUCAGUGUCGUCAGAUCCCUCUCGCGCCUCCACAGUCCAAUUAUGGUCUGCUCUGCGUAUCGGAAACAAGAUGGCGACGCAAGAUGGCGACGAGUGUAACGCUGAACUUGAGGCUUCCAACCGGCAGUCCACAAACCAAUGGGUGACGUCACGGUGACUACGUCCAUUAUUUAUAUACAGUCUGCCAUAUCAAUAAAAUUCCCCCGCUAAAAUCAGUAUCAGCAUCCGUCUCAAAAAUCCCAUAUCGGUUGGGCUCUAAUAGAAAAAUAGUUCUGACAUGAAACUGCUCACAUUAAGGUCUGUGGAUUGUCUUGACUAACCGCUUCAUGAUUUCUGGAAAGCGUACUUUUGGCGAUUUGCAAAGUGACAUCUAGUUCCUUUAUAUUCUAGAGAAGGCCAACAUCUCCAACACUGAGCAAUUCACACCAAAACAAUCUAGAUUGAUUAAAAAUAACUACUUGUAAGAAGGAAAAAUGCAUUUGAUUUUGGGGUGAACUGUCUGAUUUAAUAUGAAAACACAACUUGCAAUAGUUCCUGUUAAAACUCAAGAGUUAAUCUCAUUCUUUAUGGCUGCUGUAGCAUCUACUGUACCCUUGCACCUGUACUCCAGAGAACUAUACAGUCAUGUGUGAUUCUGGCAGCACCUACAGAGUAGCAUCAUCGUUCACGGUAGGGCAGGAAAUGCAAUUACACACGAGACAGUGCACUGCGCAAAUCCAUUUGUAGAGUCUGUAGUGUUGUAGCUGUGUGCAUGAGAAGCAGUGAAGCAAUAAUAUCACCCUUUACUGGUCCCACACUCUCAGUAUUUCAGAUAAAAAGGCAACUUGUGUGUCAGCAAUGUACAAUAAAAGCACAUGGUGUGGCCAAAAAACCCCUUGUGCCAUAGAUGAUGACCAACUACUGCAUUUAAGCAAUCCACUCCUUUGUCUUAAUACUUAUUCUAAACUAGGAAAAAAAAAGAUAGAAAUAGCUAUUUAAUCUUUAAGAGUCUAUCUGGAAUUAAAAAAUAAGUUAAAUAUGGAACCAAGUUAUCAGUGCAAUGUGAGAGCAUGUCUUUUUAGCUGAGCAAAUGUGUGUAUGUUUUCAAUCUGUUUCUGUCUGAAACUGGAAAUCAUCAGGAAGAAACCUCAGAUUAAAUAUAAAGAAGGGAUAUCUGUAAAGCACAAUAUCUUCUGUAUGUGUUUGUGCACCACUGCAUGUCCCCUCAUAGAUAACUGAUGGUCCACGAACCCAUUCUGCUAUGGUGAACUGAGGAUGUGCAAAGAAAUUUAUGGAUCACUGUCUAGUAAUUAAAUAAAAAUGGAUUUAAGUCUGAA